AUGGCAGGUGAGUGUAUGAGGUCUGCUCUGGUGACCCUCUUCAUCUUUGCCAUGGUACUCUCUCCUAUUUUGACCCCUGAGGCAGCUCGAUUCACUUUUCCAGAUACAACUCCUAUAUGUCCUGAUUGUGUAUGCUGCGCACCUCCCCCACCAGGCUAUUGCUGCGAUUGUAAUUGUGCUUCACCAAUUAAAACUCACACCGAUGAGUAA